UUUUUAAUGCUAAAAAGAAAUUUGGACUGACGUGCAUGCAUGACCUCUAUAAUGUGUACCUGUAAAUAGCUUACAAUAUUGUACUAGUACAAAAUAUACCAAACUAAAAAAAAAAUAACAACAGACUUCUUCUAAAGAUUUUAAGAUGGCAAUCUUGACACUCACAUUAUUCAUCUUAGCAUCCCAAUUCUUGAAUCUCUGCCAUGGUGCUGGGAUAGCUAUUUAUUGGGGGCAGAAUGGUGAUGAAGGCACCUUAGCCGCCGCCUGUGCCACCGGAAACUAUGAGAUUAUUAACAUUGCUUUCCUAAAUGUAUUUGGCAAUGGUCAGACUCCUGAGUUAAAUUUAGCUGGCCACUGCAACCCAAGCAUUCCUGGAAGUUGCAAAAGCAUAGGAGAUGAUAUUAAGGAAUGCCAAAGGCACGGAAUUAAAGUACUUCUCUCUUUGGGUGGUGGUAUUGGUAAAUACUCCCUUUCUUCACAAACCGAUGCACGACAGGUAGCAAACUACCUUUGGGACAACUUCCUAGGAGGAACCUCAAACUCACGCCCUUUCGAAAAUGCAGUGCUCGAUGGCAUAGACUUCAACAUCGAACUUGGCUCAGGAGAUUACUACGAUAUCCUAGCAAGGACACUCAAUAGAUGCAGCACCGUUCUAAAGAAAGUCUACUUAUCAGCAGCACCACAAUGCCCUUUCCCUGAUGCACAUCUUAACAACGCGAUAAACACGGGUUUGUUUGACUAUGUUCGGGUGCAAUUCUACAACAAUCCACCUUGCCAGUACACUAACGGCAACACAGGCAACCUCGUAAACUCGUGGAAUGAAUGGACUACCGUGAAUGCUGGCCAAGUAUUCCUCGGAUUACCUGCAGCACCAGCUGCUGCUGGUAGUGGGUAUAUACCGCCUGAUGUUCUUAAAAGUCAAGUGUUACCAAAUGUUAGGACGUCUUCCAAAUUUGGAGGGGUUAUGCUUUGGUCUAGAUUCUAUGAUGGCGGAUAUAGUACCGCCAUUAAGGAUAGUGUCAAUGGUGGAUCUAGUAAUGGAGUUCAUCAUGAGUCUAUUGGCAUUGCAAUAAUUCUUAACUAA